AAAUAUAGGAAGAGGUAAAUGUACCAGCUGGGGCUCAUUCAUCUCAGCGUCUCAUCACCAUCCUCACCGCUGCUGCUGCUGCUCUCAUUCUCUCUCUCUCCCUCUCAUCUUCUUAGUUGUCUGUUUUGGCGUUUACAAUCUUUUAGCUCUGAGAAAGCGAGAGGGUGAGAGCGAGAGCGCCACCACUGGUCCACUGGGCUCAGUUUCAACAGGACCUAAUUCUCAGGUAUCAGAUCUACCCACCAGAAGACCACCAUGGCCCUCUGAUAGCCGGAUACGGGUGUCGUGGCCUGGGGGGCACAAGAAGAAGAGAGCAAGAAUGGCGUCUUCCGCUCCUCCUCCUCCUCCCCCUCCUCCUCCUUCUGCUGCUCCUCCUCCUUCUAAGAGGGGUCGUCCCGGUCCAUGGCCUCCUUCUGCCGACGACGCGACGACCAGCAGCACCACUACUGGCGGAACAAUGAGCUCUUCCUGGGCGAAGAGAGCUGGGUUCAAGACUCGCUUCUCGGGCGAGACCACCUUCAGCACCGGCGACUCCGGCCAUAUCAUUGGCACACGAUCGCUGGAGAACGAGGUCCAGCCCGAUCUGGAAUCCGGUCCUCAGCGUCCGGUCCCCACAUCUACCGCGAAUGGUACUCUGGAGAGGGAGAAAAUGCAGCCCUCCACCGCCGGAUCCGUCCCCAAGAAGAGGCGGGAUUCGGACGCCUCGCUACCCAAGAGCGCCCCUCUCAACGGCCAGCAGCAGCAGGUCCGCUCGGAUCCCGCUUCCAGACCUACUCGGGAGGACGAGGUCGAUACCGUUCCUCAUUCGCACGACGACGAUGGGUUUCUUCCCCGGCACUCCCACAUGAAGUACGAGCUCAGGGACACUCCUGGACUCGUACCACUUGUGCUGUAUGGAGUACAACAUUACGUUUCUAUGGUGGGUUCACUGAUCCUGAUUCCCCUCGUGAUCGUCCCGGCAAUGGGAGGCAACAGUGAUGAUACUGCAGCAGUGGUGUCAACCGUGCUGUUCCUUUCUGGAGUGACGACACUUCUGCACACGCAUUUUGGGUCGAGGUUGCCGUUGAUUCAAGGCCCAUCCUUCGUAUACCUCGCUCCAGCUCUGGCGAUAAUCAACUCAGCAGAUAUCCAGGGAAGAAAUGGAAAUAGCUUCAAGCAUGCAAUGAAGGAGUUACAGGGAGCUAUACUAAUAUCUUCUGCAUUUCAAAUGAUAGUGGGAUACAGUGGUCUAAUGUCAGUCUUUUUGAGGUUAAUCAAUCCAGUUGUUGUAACCCCAACGGUGGCAGCUGUUGGUCUCUCCUUUUUCAGUUAUGGAUUCACUCAAGUUGGUAGCUGCCUGGAAAUUGGUCUGCCUCAGAUAUUACUGCUCAUCGUAUUUGCUCUUUAUCUUCGAAAGAUUUCCAUAUUUGGGCAUCGAAUAUUUCAAAUAUAUGCAGUCUCCUUGGGUCUCGCAAUUGCAUGGGCCUAUGCUUUUCUUCUUACAGAAGCUGGAGUUUACAGUUAUAAAGGUUGUGAUGUAAACACACCUAUAUCAAACAUAGCAUCAGCUGCCUGCAGAAAGCAUGUACCAAGGAUGAAGAAUUGCCGUGUUGAUACUUCACAUGCACUCAAAACUUCUCCAUGGUUUAGAUUUCCAUAUCCUUUGCAGUGGGGUACUCCCGUCUUUCAUUGGAAAAUGGCCCUUGUCAUGUGUGCGGUAUCCAUAAUUGCAUCAGUUGAUUCAGUUGGAUCAUAUCAUGCAUCCUCUUUGUUGGUGGCAUCAAAACCUCCAAAUCCUGGUGUUGUAAGCCGGGGUAUUGGUCUAGAAGGCUUUUCAAGUGUCCUAGCUGGCCUUUGGGGCACUGGAACUGGGUCAACAACCCUAACUGAGAAUGUACACACUAUUGCUGUCACUAGGGUGGGCAGUCGACGAUCAGUUGAAUUAGGAGCUUGCAUUUUGAUCGUCAUAUCUCUCAUUGGUAAAGUUGGAGGAUUCAUUGCUUCAAUUCCUCUUGUGAUGGUUGCUGCUCUCCUGUGCUUUAUGUGGUCCAUGCUGACAGCACUAGGGCUAUCAAAUUUACGUUAUAGUGAGGCAGGAAGCUCUAGAAAUGUGAUUAUAGUUGGGCUUUCCUUGUUCCUCUCUUUGUCAAUACCAGCCUACUUCCAGCAAUAUGGAACCAUACCAAAUGCUAAUCGUUCUGUACCAAGUUAUUUUCAGCCUUACAUUGUUGCAUCUCAUGGGCCCAUCCAAACAAAGAAUGAUGGUGUGAACUAUGUGUUAAACACAUUGUUUUCAUUUCACAUGAUCAUUGCAUUUUUGAUAGCUGUGAUCCUAGACAAUACUGUUCCUGGUAGCCGCCAAGAACGUGGUGUUUAUGUGUGGUCCCGAGCAAAAACAGCAAGAAGAGAGAUAGAUAUGGCCAAAGACUAUGAGUUGCCCUUCAGAUGCGGUCGAAUUUUCAGAUGGGUUAAAUGGGUGGGCCUAUGAGAGUCGAGAGGAGUUGGAGUUUUCUCCAGUCGCUCGAUGGAGGCAGAUGAUUGAACAGAUAAAGAAAGGAAUUGGUGGGUGUAUUAUACAUGUACGAGUAUGAGGUCUCCACGAUGAAACAAAAGAGCCAGAUGGAAAAGAAACACUGUAAUUUUAAGAGUUUUUUUGGCUUUCUUUCUUGAAAUUACACAGGCAUUAUGUGAAGGCUAAGAAUUCAUGAGCGGUUUUUUGUUUAGAGUUUUGUAAAUGUAUGUGAGUUUCCUGUAUGAAAAUAUGUUGUUGGGAGGUUUCUUUUUGUGAGCAUGUAUUAAAAUUUCGGUGUCCUUGUCCUUUUUC